AUGAGAGAUUGUGUGACCGGGAAACAGACGACUCACGAUCAUGUCAGGAACACGCAGCUAUUGGAUAUCACACGGGCUGCCGCCUUCUUCAAACGAAACUGCUCGAAGUGCAUGCUUUAUCGGCGUAGCAACGCAAACGACACAGGGAGCAUCGUCAAGAAGUCGAUGCACGAGUGCCAGCGGUCGGAGCUCAACACCUCUUCGCACGUAGAUGAUCGAGCCAGAAUCACCACCUUGAGCAACACGCUCCAUGGCACCUUGACCCGGAUCCAGGGUGAAAAAGUACUGGUUUGCGUAGAGAGGCUCACCGGCUGGUACAUUCUCGCUCAAUUCGCCAACAUCACGGACGUGUGUUGGACCGGGCACGACCUCUCGAACGCAGCCAAUGCCAGCGAGCAGUGUGAUCGGUACGCCAAAGCCAACAGGGCCCGACGUGCGACCAAAUAG